AUGGCUUUCAUCAUUGUGAGCGCUACCUCGUACUUCCUCAUCGCCGGCACUCUGGUGUGCCUCUUCCUCAUCCUCGUAGAUUACCUCCGGGUGAAAAAGAGAUCCAAGAAGGAGUGCGACGAUGGCGUCUCGCUGCUUCCGGAACCUCCUGGCCCGAAGCCUUGGCCCAUUUUGGGGUCUCUUCACAUACUGGGCCAGUACGACGUUCCGUACAAGGCGUUUGCCGACCUGGCCCGGGUCUACGACAGCCAGGUCGUCAAACUGAAGAUGGGCUCCGUCCCCUGCAUCGUCGUCAACGGUCUGGAGAACAUCAAGGAGGUCCUCAUCACCAAGGGCCACCACUUCGACUCCAGGCCCAACUUCUCGAGAUACCACCAGCUCUUCUGCGGCAACAAGGAGAACUCUCUGGCAUUCUGCGACUGGUCGGAGGUGCAGAAAUCCCGCAGGGAGAUGCUAUGGGUCCACGCCUUCCCGCGAACCUUCACCCAUCGCUACAGACACUUGAACAGCAUCAUCUCCCAGCAAAUGGUCCUCCUGAUGAGCCGUCUGGACCACACCUACGACAAGCAGUUCCAGACGAAGUCACUGAUCCUCCACAGCUGCGCCAACAUCUUCACCAGAUACUUCUGCUCGAGGAGCUUCGGUUACGAGCACGCGGCUUUCCGGAGGAUGGUGGAGAACUUCGACCUGGUGUUCUUCGAGGUGAACCAAGGCUACGCCGCGGAUUUCCUGCCCUUCCUGAUGCCCCUUCAUCGACGCAACAUGGCGAAGAUGGCGCACUGGAGCCACAAGAUCAGGGAAUUCGUUAACGAGAACAUCAUCGAGGAGAGAUACUCCGGCUGGAGCAAAUCCGUCCUCGAGACGGAUUACGUGGACUGCCUGGUGAACUACGUGAAGAUGGACCGCAAGCCUAGAUUAUCCUGGGAUGCUGCCCUCUUCGCCCUGGAAGACAUCAUCGGCGGCCAUUCCGCGGUUGGGAACCUCAUGGUCAAGGUUCUGGGAUUCCUGGUCUCGGAGCCGGCUGUCCAGAAAAAAGCCCAGCUAGAGAUCGACUCGGUCUCGACAGCGACUGACAUUGUCGGACUGGAGAACAGGGGACACAUGCCUUACACCGAAGCCAUCAUCCUCGAGGCCAUCAGGCUCAUCGCCAGCCCCAUCGUCCCCCACGUUGCCAGCCGGGACAGCUCUAUUGCUGGCUACCGCGUCAAGAAGAAUACGUUCAUCUUCCUGAACAACUAUGAUCUGAACAUGUCGGAGAAGCUAUGGGAUGCCCCGAAAGAGUUCAAGCCCGAACGCUUCGUCCAAGAAGACCGCCUGACCAAGCCGGAACAUUUCCUUCCAUUCGGCGGCGGUCGUCGGUCCUGCAUGGGCUACAAAAUGGUCCAGAAUAUUAGUUUCUCCAUGCUGGCGACCAUCCUGAAGAACUUCACCAUCUGCCCCAUCGAGCAGGAGAGCUAUAAGGUUCCUAUCGGUAACCUCGCGCUUCCUAAAGAUACCUUCAACUUCCGCUUCGAGAGGCGGUAAGGCGAUUCAUUUGAAGAGUCGAUGAAAUUUAGCCAACGGGGACAGUUCUUGCACAAGAAGUCAGUUAGCUUCGAGCUACUUCACAAGGGACGGCUGUGACUAGUCGAAGACCGCUCUUCUUCUAGGGGUUCCCUUGUUUCUUCUUUGUUGCAUUGCCCGGAUAGCAAAUUCUAUGGGUGGGGUACGUGAGAAUUUUGUUAACGGUCAUUUUGACGUCGUAGGAUAUUUCAACGGUGUGUUAUUAACACCGAACGGAUAUCUGAAGUACCGGUCGAUCGAUGUCUACUUUCUAGUUCUGC